AUGGGCGCGAGGGACUUGGACCCAACUAUCGUGGCCAUCUUCGGUCAACCCCCUGCCCACAUCAAUCUAGCCGUUAGCCAGGUGCGUCGAGACAAUGCAGCCGUCGUUUCUUUGCUGGUUCUCAGCAUUAUUGCUGUGGUCCUUCGGUUCAUCGCGCGACUGGCCGUGCGAAAUCCUUUUCGACUGGACGACUGGCUGAUUCUGGUGUCCCUGGUUUUCGUCGCAGCCACGGCAGGCCUAAGUCUAGCAGGCAGUACAUUGGGCGCUGGAAAACACGUGUGGGCAGUAUCUCUGGGGGAUAUAUCAAGCAUCUUCAAGAUCCUGUUCACAUACACCUUUAUGUAUGCUGCCGGAUGUUCAGCUUAUAAACUCUCGAUCCUCUUCUUCUACCGCCGCGUCUUUGUGGUGGUCCACCAACCCCUCUCCCUCCGACUCUCUAUUCUGUUUGGGUUUCUACUCGCGCUCUCUUACCCCGUCAUUGUCUGGGUGGCUAUGGGAAACUGCUGUCGACCGCUGUCCUAUUUCUGGAAUCAGUUCCUGGGCGCGUCGGGAACGUGUAUUGACACCGACACAUUCUUCCUCGCAACUGGAAUCAUCAACAUGGUCAACGACAUUAUAAUUCUGCUCAUCCCCUUUCGACAGAUUGCAAAGCUGCAGAUGAACCGCCGAAAAAAAAUUGCUGUUUGUCUGAUUCUUGCAUUGGGUGGCUUCGUUUGCGUAGCCAGUGCCGUGCGCAUUUACGUUCUCUAUCGAUUCACUCAAGCUCGUGAUAUUACUUGGAUGAUGGGACCGCUAUUUAUCUGGUCCAGUAUUGAGCCAUCCGUGGCCAUCGUUUGCGCCUGUCUUCCCCAUCUCGGGCCCCUGGUGCGUCUCACGCGCAUUCGGAUACUAUCCAGCCAAGGCAGCAAAGGUAACCACAUGCCUUUCACCGGUUCUCCAUGGCAGCCGUCGCGCCGUCAUGAAGGGCGGACCCAUUGGCAGGCUGGCAUACAACUUAGCCCACCAAGACACGUGAGGGCCCUAUCCUCUACAUGCGGGGUGGCCGAAGACGAGGUUGGGCUCGCCGUCCAUGGGACGGCUGACACGACGGCACAGCACACGCCAUCUCUGCGCUCAACAUCGGAAUGCCCGAUUCCAGAUCACUCCAUUGUCGUCCGGUCCAGCUUGGAACAAACCGUCUCUUACCGCUAA